AUGAAAUUUGCUCAAUCUACAUUAUUGAUGUUGGGCUGCGAAGCUAUAUCAGGCAUGCUGGCUGUUUCUGCUUCCUAUAUCAUGUUAGCCAAUUCUCAACAUAUGUCUAUGAAACAUAAAUCCAUGAUCAGCAGUUCUACCACUACUACUUUAGCAGUUACGUCUACAUCUACAACAACGCUCACUGCAUCACUUCCUACAACUCUAGCUCGCGUAUCCGUACCAAGCCAUAAAAAUCUAACUGUAUCUGAUAUGACAUGCAGAAUUCUUGAACCAAUUAUUACCCAAGUCAUCCAAGGAAUCAAUAGUAUAAAAACACAUAUUGUCCCUCACUUCAUCAACACUUUGUAUCCUAUCACGGACACGAUCUUUACCAAUCUUCAAAAUCAGAUUACCUCAGCAUUGAAUAUAACAACCCAAACUACUCUUAUAUAUGCUUUAAAUCAAAACGUUUCCAUUACUCCCAUCAUACUCCAAACCGUGUUAGAUGAUGCUACUCUGCGCGUGGUAAUGGAUAUCACGACCACCAAAAAGAUUGUUACGGCUCUACACAAUGCUACUACCGGUACUAUAUCAGCGUGGAUUGCAACAAGUCAUGUCGGUGAUGCUGUUGGGACAAUGUUGGGAACGCUUACACAAGUGGGUAAUCCAGAGUUUGCACGAUUCGCACUUCUUCAGGCGUUAGAUGUAAACAUAGUGAUUACCACUAAUACCACCAUACCGUUUACUGUCAAGAAUAUUUCUGAUAUACUAACUGCAGUUGUAUUGAGUGGAUUUGAUAUGAGUGGAAGCGUGACUCGGUCAACUUUAUUUGCUGCAUACUUUGCAGCCAACGACAAAGGGAAUGAAGCCAGAGAAAAUAAAUAA